AUGGCAUCGGGAAAGGCUGCGGCGGGCGGGAGCUUGUCUGGACCAAUGUUGGAUUGUGCAUUGGGCUGUUGGUGGGCAAGGCAGCAGAGGCAAUCAAACUGGGAUGGAGUAGAGAUUGUCGUGAUGAUUCGAUGGGCAAACGAGUCCAUUGCCAGCUUCACCUUUCCUCUUCGGACAGACGGCAGGGCAGAUUGCAGCGAUCCGCGCACGUCCAGUCCAGACCAAGAACCAAGCGCGAAUCAAACAAACUUCCCCGGUGACUGGGGGGAGAGAGAGGGAGAAAGGGUGAUCAUCAUCCCGCCCUCCUUGUCUUCUCUUCCCAGCUCCUUGUUGUUUGUUGGUCAGUUGGUGGAAGCCCUCCUCCUCCUCCUCCUCUGUUGCACACAACCCGCCCGCCAUCGCGACCCUUUCACGAGCCCUCACAGCCAGCUGCCGGACCAGACGCCUUGCGCACACGGCAGUCUUCAUCGGUCGCUACCAUUCACUUGUCAUUCCCAUUCCCCUUGUGUUUUUCCCUAUUCGCUUGCCUCCACACACUUGGCUUUUACUUCCAACCUUCGCAGGGAAACCAGCUUCUUUCCCCCCUCCCUCAUAGUAGCCCUCCGCGCCGCCUACUCUACUUCCUCCUCCCUCCCUCGUCCCCCACACCGACCGCUUUCCCUUUUCCGCUCCUUCUUCAGCCCCCGAUUCUAUUCUCCCUGGCAAUCCCCCUUGCUUGACCCAGCUCACGUGGAAGUUCUUGUCCUCGCGGCCGGGUCACUACAACAACUCGUCGGACAUAGCCAGAACACGUGCUUGGGACGAGGGGGUCAGGCUCAUCACCGUCGUCAUCGCGUCCAACCGUCGCCCCUCGGACGCCCACGGACGUCCACGAUCAAGAGGCAAAAGGCCCAGUCUCAGCUGUAUUGGUGCCCUCUCGGCGCGUCACCGCCUGCACACGCGUCCCACUGGCUGAUCUCUUCCAUGGCCGCGCUGACUUCCUCUGCUCACCCCCCCGCGCCUCACCAGCAACCAACGCCCCCAAGCAGCUCCCACGGCAAGGGCGGUGUCUGGGACUUUGCCGUGCCUGCACACGGCUCGAGAGCCUCCGAAGACGAAGAGCCCUACAUGUCUGGGUACACGGCAACCUCUCAUGGCACCCGCCACGCGCACACUUCUCAAGCCAACGGCUUCGCCAAGCCCGUGCGCUCCCCGACUUGGGACUCACAAGACCAGUACGAGUAUAGCCAGGCCAAGAGGGUGGCAGACGGCCAGGAUCGCAUGAAUGGGCUGCACAAGAAGGCUAGUGGGGAUGUCAGGGCCAGGGCCGUCACCAGCGAUCAGGAAGGGGUGCAAGAGUACUACAAAAGCCAUGCCAAUGCAACCAAUAAGAAGACGGCCAAGGGCAAGCCGAAGAAGAAGGCUACACGUUCCACUUCAGCAGACCCAAGCCUCUCCAAAGCCGAACUGGACGAGACUAACUGGAUCCACCGUGACAAACUCAAGGAAAUCGAGACGAGGGAAUUGGAAGAGGCAGGUUUCAGAGUCGGUCGUUCGAGCAGGUCCAACAGCCGCUCUCAAAGUGCCACGCGACGACCACGGGACCGCACAAACUCCGAAUCCACCGAACUGACGCAGAUGGAAGACCGGGCUGAGCGACGGCUAGUCUCUCCCAUACCGGCCGAAGAUGACGAAGCGUUUGAACAGUACAACGCCUGGAAUGCUACGAAUCACGGUCAGGGCAUACACGAGUUUCAGCCGGCCUCGCCGAAGACAAGCCAUAAUGGGAGGCCCAGUACUUCUCGCAUACCUCUACCCAAGACGAGCGGUAUCCCCGUACCGGCCCUGUUGGCAGACCGCGAUGCUCCCCUGACGAGGUCUCGGACGGGUAGCAUGAACUGGAGUGGAGAUGCGAUUGCGACCAAUGGCGCGCGCAUGAGGAGUGGCAGUGUCGGAAGUCAAGCAUUGCUUGAUGAUGCUGAAGAAGGACGCCAGACGACGCCGCCGUAUGUUGGACAUGCACGCAAUCUCUCGGCUGGCAGUAAUUCUCCCAAAUCGCCCCAAAAGUCUCCUGUGAAGGCCAAAAAUCCGACCAAAGCGAAUACCACCACUGGAACUAGGAAGACCAGUGCCCAAAAAACACAGCCAAAGAGAGUGACAUCUGGCGCCGCUUCCGGAAAGCGACCAGGUACGAGUGGUGGAGCUGUGUCUCGUCCAACCACGAGUCAUCGGCCAGAGGGUGAAGCACCGUGGAUUGCAACCAUGUACAAGCCAGAUCCCCGUCUCCCACCAGACCAACAGAUUAUCCCUACCCACGCCAAACGCAUGCAGCAACAGCAAUGGGAAAAUGAGGGCAGGGUUGGCUCCAUGUAUGGCAAAGACUUUCGUUUGCUCGAUGAUAGUCCGCCCGACAAGCGGCUGUCUCAGAUUGAUCCCAUUCAGCUCGAAAAGGCCAGAGAGAACGAGGCAUGGCCGUUGUCAAGCCCAGAGAAGCAGGAGCAGCCCCUUGAAAGGCAGGAAUCAAAUACUGCCAAGUCUCCCGUAGCGGAGCAGGGUGGUUACAAGCUGACUCCCACCAUUGCUCAAGGAGCCCGUUCUCCGUCACCCAAAAUGGCUCCGCCUAUUGAGCCUGCUGAGCGCAGGUCGUCAGGCGUCACGAGAAUUCCAGAGCCUAUCGAGGAGGCCAAGGAGAAGAAAGGCUGUGGCUGCAUUGUCAUGUAG